AUGCCUGAAAACAAACCGUUCCAACGACUUCCAAAAAAUGUCGUGCCAAAACAUUACAAAUUACAUUUGAUUCCUAAUCUUGAGAAAUUUACGUUUAGUGGAAAGACCGAGGUGAAAGUAUCGAUCGUGAAUUCAACGAAAGAAAUAGUCCUCAAUUGUCUGGAUUUGGAAUUGACGAGCGUUAAAUUACAAUAUGAAAACGGAGGGCCUGAUUCGAUGCUUAAACCUGCGGAAGUGCGGUUAUCAGCACCGGAUGAGACUGCAAUUAUUGCAUUUGAAAAGCCCUUACAUGAGGGCGACGCCACUCUUUAUUGUGAAUUUAUUGGUGAAAUCAACGAUAAAAUGAAGGGUCUGUACCGGAGUAAAUACUUAACCCCAGGUGGCGAAGAGCGCUAUGCAGCCGUGACUCAAUUUGAGGCAACAGAUGCGCGCCGAUGUUUUCCCUGUUGGGAUGAACCUGCCAUUAAAGCCACUUUUGAUAUAUCAUUAGAAGUUCCAACUGACCGUGUAGCAUUAUCAAACAUGCCUGUGAAAGAAGAAAAAUUACUCGGCGAAAAAAAGAUGGUACAUUUUGGUACAACGCCAGUGAUGUCUACAUAUCUCGUGGCUGUUGUGGUAGGUGAAUAUGACUAUGUGGAAAAAACAUCUCGAGAUGGUGUCCUAGUAAGGGUAUACACGCCUGUGGGCAAAAGCAAACAAGGUUUAUUUGCACUAGAAGUGGCCGCGCGUGUUUUACCGUAUUACAAAGAGUAUUUUGAUAUAGCUUAUCCUUUGCCAAAGAUUGAUUUAAUUGCUAUCGCAGAUUUUUCUGCUGGUGCUAUGGAAAACUGGGGUUUGGUGACAUAUAGGGAGACUUGCCUUUUAGUUGAUGAAGAGCAUACAUCAGCAGUGAGAAGACAGUGGAUAGCUCUUGUUGUUGGUCAUGAACUAGCUCAUCAGUGGUUUGGUAACCUUGUCACAAUGGAGUGGUGGACACACCUUUGGCUGAAUGAAGGAUAUGCUUCAUUUGUUGAGUUCCUAUGUGUUAAUCAUCUUUUCCCAGAAUAUGAUAUUUGGACACAAUUCGUCACUGAAACAUAUAUAAGAGCACUUGAAUUGGAUUGCUUGAAGAAUUCACAUCCAAUAGAAGUACCCGUGGGCCAUCCUUCAGAAAUAGAUGAGAUAUUUGAUGAUAUUUCAUAUAACAAAGGAGCUUCUGUGAUACGCAUGUUGCAUAGAUAUAUUGGGGAUGAUGAUUUUCGCAAAGGCAUGAAUAUUUACCUUACCAGACACCAGUACAAAAAUACUUUUACAGAAGACUUAUGGGCAGCACUAGAAGAAGCUUCCAAUAAACCUGUAGGAGCUGUUAUGUCAACUUGGACAAAGCAAAUGGGUUUUCCAGUAGUGCAGGUGAGCUCUGAACAAAGGGGAAAAAACCGUAUCUUAAAGUUGACUCAGCAGAAAUUCUGUGCAGAUGGUAGCCAAGGCGAUGAUACAUUAUGGAUGGUUCCAAUAACAAUAUCUACGCAGGAGGAACCUUCAAAGGUGGCACUGUCUACUGUUUUAGAAAAAAAAACUCAGGAAGUGGUACUUGAGAAUGUGUCAGAGAACUCGUGGAUUAAACUUAAUCCAGGAACAGUUGGGUACUACCGUACACGCUACCCACCUUUAAUGUUGGAACAAUUAGUAACAGCUAUUCAAGAUGGAUCAUUACCACCUCUUGACCGUCUUGGCCUUCUUGAUGAUUGCUUUGCCCUUGUUCAAGCUGGUCACACUCAAACUGCAGAGUCAUUAAAGCUCAUAGAAGCAUUCAGCAAUGAAACUAACUUCACAGUGUGGUCUUCUAUAUCCAAUUGUUUAGUGAAGCUUAGUGCUCUUUUUUCACAAACUGCUUUGGAUAAACCUCUGAAGAAUUAUGGACGUAAACUUUUCUCUAACAUAACAAAGAGGCUGGGAUGGGAUGCUGAAGAAAAAGAAAGUCAUCUUGACACUCUUCUUAGAAGUUUAGUUCUAAAUAAAAUGAUCAGCUUUGAAGACCCCAACACCAUAAAGGAAGCUAAAAGCCGUUUCGAGAAGCACAUAUCAGGUGCAUGCACACUUCCAGCAGACCUGCGAUCUGCGUGCUAUCGUGCGGUGCUGGCUGAGGCUGAUGAGGCAAUGUUUCAACGUUUCCUCGAGUUAUACCGUGCGGCCGAUCUGCACGAGGAGAAGGAUCGUAUAAGCCGGGCGCUUGGUGCAGUCAAAGAUCCUGUUCUUCUUAAGCGGGUUCUUAACUUCGCUAUAUCGGAUGAAGUCCGCUCCCAAGACACUGUAUUCGUCAUAGUGUCAGUAGCUGUUAGUAAGAAUGGCCGUGACCUCGCUUGGCAGUUCUUCAAAGAGCACUGGCAGGAAUUUAUGGAUCGGUAUCAGGGCGGAUUCUUGCUGGCGCGCCUUGUGAAAUCGACAACUGAAAACUUUGCGUCGGAGGCAUGCGCUCAAGAAAUAGAAGAGUUCUUCCGCUCGCACCAUUCCCCGGGUACUGAGCGCUCCGUGCAACAAGCGCUAGAGACUGUGCGCCUCAACGCCGCAUGGCUGCGUCGCGAUCUUGCUUCCACCGACGCCUACCUGAAGCCUUACCAU